GCAACGGCUCUGAUACACUGUUAGCUUUCAUUGCAAUUCAUGGUCCCACUCUAAACCUUACAAACACACAUACACACACUCUCUCUCUUUCUCUGUCUUUGUGCUUAUUAUUCAAACAAUAUGGCCUCGGAGAACCAGAACAAGCGUCCAUUUCCACACAACAACAACAACCCCACAACAAGGGCCUCACCCACAUGCCCUUCUUCAACUAAGAAGUGUAUUGGUGAUGAAAAAAUGGUUGGAACGGCAAAUAAUGGGAGGUUCAGGCAAGCCUUUUCGGUUGUAAAUGGCGGUCAAGAUCUCGGCCCCAAUAGCGCUCCGGCCAGCAAUGCUGGCUCGGAGUGUGGAGGGAUUGAGUUUACUAGAGAAGAUGUUGAAGCUUUGCUGAAUGAGAAACCCAAAAGGAAGGACAGGUUCAAUCUUAAGGAAAGAUGUGAUAAUAUGGUGGAGUAUAUCAAGAGGCUAAAGUUAUGCAUCAAAUGGUUCCAAGAGCUUGAGGGAAGCUACUUAUUAGAGCAAGAGAAGUUGCAGAAUACGUUGGAUUCAGCUGAGCAGAAAUGCAACGAAAUUGAGGUACUAAUGAAAAACAAGGAAGAAGAAUUGAAUUCAAUUAUCAUGGAGCUAAGAAGGAAUUACACUUCUUUACAAGAGAAAUUUACGAAGGAAGAAUCGGAUAAGUUGGCUGCAAUGGACUGUCUUACAAGGGAGAAAGAGGCUAGACUGAAUAUUGAGCGAUCACAAGCUUCUCUAUCAGAAGAGCUUGCCAGAGCUCAACGAGAUCUUUUAAGUGCUAAUCAGAAGAUAUCAUCACUUAAUGAUAUGUACAAGCGAUUACAGGAAUACAACACAAGCUUGCAGCAAUACAAUGGUAAACUUCACACAGACCUUUCUACGGUUGAGGAUGAGCUUAAGCGCAUAGAAAAAGAUAAGGCUACCAUGGUUGAAAACCUCAGCAUGUUAAGGGGUCAACUUACUAUGUCCAGAGCUUCUCAAGAUGAGGCUAUAAAGCAAAAGGAUGCUUUGGUGAAUGAAGCUGCUUGUCUUCGGGCAGAGCUAUACCAAGUGAGAGAUGAUCGUGAUCGGCUACAAUCAGAAGCACAGGCUCUUACAACUGAUAUGGUGAAAUAUAAGGAGUCCUCAGAAAAAUACGGUGCUGAGUUGGACAUCCUGACAACAAGAACAAGUGAACUAGAGGCAACUUGUUCGUCACAAAAUAACCAAUUAAAGAUACUACAUACUCAACUAGCGACUGCAGAGGAGAAAUUGCAGCUUUCUGAUUCAUCUGCAUUGGAGACGAGAACUGAAUAUGAAGGGCAAAAGAAACUUAUAAAUGAGUUACAAACUCGCCUAGCAGAUGCAGAAUUCAAACUUGUGGAAGGAGAGAUGCUACGCAAAAAAUUACAUAAUACCAUCUUGGAACUAAAAGGGAAUAUACGAGUAUUCUGUAGAGUGCGGCCUCUUUUGCCCGAUGAUGGUAUUAGCACAGAAGGAAAAGUUAUCACUUAUCCCACAUCAACUGAAAUUCUUGGACGGGGAAUUGACGUAGGGCAAAAUGGGCAAAAACAUUCUUUCACAUUUGACCAGGUUUUCAUGCCUGAUGCAACACAAGAUGAUGUUUUUGUAGAAAUCUCACAGCUUGUACAAAGUGCUCUCGAUGGGUAUAAGGUUUGCAUUUUCGCAUAUGGUCAAACAGGUUCUGGUAAAACGUAUACCAUGAUGGGUAGGCCAGGACAUCCUGAGCAAAAAGGUUUAAUACCUCGUUCCCUAGAACAAAUAUUUCAAACUAGGCAAGCUCUUAAAGCUCAAGGUUGGAGAUAUGAAAUGCAGGUGUCUAUGUUGGAAAUAUACAAUGAAACAAUUCGUGAUUUGUUAUCAACCAAUCGAUCAUCUUCAACAGACAAUGGGGUUGCUGGAAAGCAGUAUGCAAUUAAACAUGACGGGAAUGGAAACACACACGUCUCUGAUCUUACAAUUUUGGAUGUCCGCAGUGCUAAAGAGGUCUCAUUUCUUUUAGAUCAGGCUGAACAGAGCAGGUCUGUAGGCAAGACCCAGAUGAAUGAGCAAUCAUCGAGAAGUCAUUUUGUUUUCACCCUACGAAUAUUUGGUAUUAAUGAGAGCACUGAACAACAAGUACAAGGAGUUCUGAAUCUUAUUGAUCUUGCUGGGAGUGAGCGCCUUUCUAAGAGCGGAUCAACUGGGGAUCGAUUGAAAGAAACCCAAGCCAUUAAUAAAAGUUUAUCAUCCCUAAGUGAUGUUAUAUUUGCAUUGGCAAAGAAGGAGGACCACAUACCCUUUAGAAACUCGAAGCUUACAUAUCUUCUUCAGCCUUGCUUAGGUGGGGACUCGAAGACAUUGAUGUUCGUAAACAUAUCUCCUGAUCCCUCCUCAGUUGGGGAGUCACUUUGUUCACUCCGUUUCGCAGCCCGGGUAAAUGCUUGUGAAAUUGGGAUUCCCCGGCGUCAAACCAGCAACAAUGUGCGCCCUUCAGAUUCUCGCCUAAGCUAUGGCUGAUCUUUUGAUAGAUUAAUAAUUCCUUUUCUUUUAUGAGGCAACCAAGUUUCCUGUAUCUGCAUUACUUGUAUCAAAAUUUGAAAUGAGUGAUUCUAACAUAGGUCUAUAUUUUGUAUAGCAAAAAAAAAAAAAAAAUAUUGAGUUUGUAUUAAUUAAAGAAUGUGCGUUUCUGAUUA